GGUGGGUUUGUUGGUGUUGAAAAAAGAGAAGGAGGGCGAAGAAAGGCACCUACCUCAGGUUAACACCACGCAAAGAAACGCUUAUAACAUGACAGACCCCGACCUAUUAUACACCAAUGACUAACACAUACCGUCUCCCUACCUUGAAAGCUAAUUAAAAUAAAUCUAGAGUAAAUAAUAAUACCAACCAGGACCAGUAACUUAACACCACAAAGGACUUUACUAUCUAUCUAGGCUAGCUAUAGAAAAGGGGUUAUAUGAUAGGCUUAGGUACCAUCUAAGUCAAGUCACUAGUAUCGCAGCUAGCUCAACAACUCUCCCGUCACACACCCAACAGCACAUGAGCACCGGUAUUACCAUGGCCUCCGAAGACAUCAAGCUCGACUUCUACCCUGCCCUAUACCCCAACCGCACCGGCGUCCUUGUCCUCCCCGGCGGUGGCUACGACUUCAUCUCCUACGAGAGGGAAGGCCUCGCACCCGCGCGAUGGUUGAUCUCGCGCAACAUGGACGCAUGGGUCCUAUCGUACGCCACCAAGUCCCCCGCAGCGCCCGACCCCUCCGCACCCCUCUCCCCAACCCCGCAGCGCGAGGCUCUCGAGGCAGUGCGCCGCAUCUGGGCUUCGGGCCGCCUCGACCGCCUCGGGGUCUGGGGCUUCAGCGCGGGCGGGCACCUCGCCGCCAUGAUAGCGACGGACGCCGACGCAAAGCUCGACUUCGCCAUCCUAGCCUACCCCGUAAUCAGCAUGGCAGCCGACACGACGCACGCGCGGUCGCGGCGGAACCUCCUCGGCGACUCGUGUCCAGCGGGCAGCGAGGCGGAGCAGGCACUGUGUGCCGAGAAGCGCGUGGGCGAGAACACGCCGCCGACGUUCCUGUUCCACACGGCGGACGACGACGCGGUGCCGGUGCAGAACACGCUGGGGUUCGCGGCGGCGAUGGCGAGGCACAAGAGGCCGUUUGGGUUGCUGGUUCUGCCCUCGGGGCCUCACGGGUUCGGGCUUGCGCUGGGUGAUGAGCGGUGGGGAUGGACGGGGGAGUUGGAGAGGUGGUUAGGUGGUUUGGAUGCGGGUUCUUGAUGGAUGAUGGGCUUGGUGGUGAUCUCGAGUAUUCAUUGCACUUCGGCACGCUUCUCGACACUAGAAGUACAACACGAUUGGGAUUAACGGCAUUGGCCUUGGCCUUGCGAAUCUCGGGGAGGUUGCUGUGCCAUUAUUGCCAAUUUAUUUGUUCAUUGUGACAAGUCUCCUGUGGUUUCGUUGUCCCUGCAAAGAAACAUGCCUCGGCAAAUGGCCUUUCUCUUACAACAUUUGGUGGGCUGCAAAUCCUCAACGUCUACAUGCUCAACUUCUUGCGGGGCUCUUCGCAUUUGGUUUACAAAAGGCUCAGAAAAUAUCGUGCUAUAGUAUAUACCGAGUGUGACGUUGAAUUCCUCGGCCGUCGGAAGAAUACUUAUUAGUCCUUGUAGUCCAUAAUAAGUAUAUAAGAUAUUAAGAUGUCCCGAUUAUGCCGAAACAGCGACUGAGUUCAUCCACAGACAGCCCGAGAGGCAAUGCAUUCGACUAGUACGGAAGCGAACUCCUAGGUUAGACAUUUUCCAAGAUCAACAAUUUCUUGGGAGAUGUGCAUCCGGCUGGUUCCGGAUGGGCCACGAUGUUGUCAGAGGUUCUCUGGAAGCUAAUCGACAAGAACGGCAAAAGUGACGCCGAGCGGCCCUAACUAGUUGAUGGCGUAUCAACCGACAAUAGAUAUCUUGCUAUGAAGAUUAUUUUAGAUGCUA